AUGAAACCCUAUAUCGGAAUCCCGCUAGUGGCAGGCCUCGUCUAUCGAGCCUGGUCCCGCAAAUCCCUCACCCCACUCGGUAUCAUCGUUGCUGGAUUCUCUGCCUCCGCACAUGCACUCCACCCAUGGUCCGCUCCGGUCGCCUUGCUAGCCGUGUUCUACUUCGGCGGCACAAAAGUCACCAAAGUUAAACAUGAAAUCAAAUCCCGUCUGACCCUCUCCGCAACCGGUGCGGAGGGCGGCGAAGGUCCCCGCAACCACAUCCAAGUCCUGGCAAAUUCAGUCGUCGCAACUGUGCUAUCUAUUGCACAUGCCAUUGUGCUCUCGAGAUCUGCUUCAGAUUCUUGUUUCUCGCUCGGCCAGAAGUCAGCAGAUAUCCUAGUGGUUGGAAUCGUUGCGUACGUCCAUUACCUGGGCAUUCCCCAAUCACUGCUCUGCAUAAUUGCUAACACAUCUUUUGCAAAUAGCAACUACGCGGCGGUUGCCGCCGACACCUUCUCCUCCGAGCUCGGCAUUCUCUCGAAAUCCAAACCCCGUCUCAUUACCUCGCUCACACUCCGUGAGGUCCCACCUGGCACAAAUGGCGGUGUCACCGCUACCGGUCUGGGUGCUGGUCUUCUAGGCUCGUUUAUCGUCUCCGCUACCUCUGCGGCCGUUCUUCCUUUCUGCGCUAGUGCGGGGAUCAAGGAGCGGGUGCUAUGGACCGUCGCUAUGACUGCCUGGGGCACAUUGGGCAGCGUGCUCGAUAGUGUUCUUGGUGGCAUUUUACAAGCUAGUGUUGUUGAUAAGAGGAGUGGGAAAGUUGUUGAAGGAAGUGGGGGCAGGAAGGUUCUUGUCCACCCCUCCGGUAAGGUGGUUGCCAUCGACAGUGCUGAAGCUAGCGGUACUGAGAAGUCACAAGACGCUACUCUGCGUAGUGGAAGCUCGGCUAAGUUGACACGAGAUGAGAGUCAUGAGAGCCGGCGUGUUGAGACUGGCCAUGACUGGCUGGAUAACAAUGGAGUGAAUUUGCUCAUGGCUGCGACUAUGAGUGUUGGUGCUAUGGGCAUCUCACAGUGGCUCUGGGGCCUGGAUAUUACCGAUUUGCUGGCAUAG